GCCUCCCCGCUGCCCCCGCCGCGCCCGCGGAGCGCACGGAGGGACCCGCACCGGCUCCCCAGCUCGGCUGGGGAGGAGGAAAAGCGGCAGCUCUGGAGGGUGAGGAUUUGGGCGAGGGCCGGUAGUGCCGGAGCCCGGCCGGGGUUUCGCCGGUGGGGAGGGAGGGGAGGAGAAAGAGAAGCGCUCGGGGUUCUUUUUCCUCUUUAAUCCCUUCCCUGCUUGAGUCAGAGGCUGAAGUCACCGGCGGGAACAUCCUGAAGCUGUUCCCUCACCUCGAGGGGAACUGGCUGCCCCCUGAGAGGAUGUGCUGACCCCCAUGAGCGGGAUUCUGGGGGAGCGGAGCCGCAUGAGAGCAGGCAACUCAUCACACAGGUCCGGCCCUUCCACGGCUCCAGGGAUGCUGCCAGGGAAGGCAGAGAAGAGGAUGGCUUCAUCCAUCUUCAUCACUCUGGUGCCACCACGGAGGGACGUGGCCACCAAGGAGAAAACCCACCAGGAGCCACAGCCGGAGUGCACCGAGGUCCCCGGCACCCACUGCCCCCGGAUCCCGCCGUCACCCCCCGCGCUGCCCAACGGAGAAACCCACCCAACUGUGCCUGUGUCUUCAUACCCGCCGGUCCUCAUCCUCUCUGAAGCCCCCCAGCCCUUGUCCGCGGAGUCGCUGUGUCCGGCACUGCAGCAACUGGACCUUGUGGCACCCGCCACCCUCCAGCCCCCCAAACUUUGCCAGGAGCAAGUGGACAAGCCGCAGCGGCAGGAUGCGAACGGGUACCCGGAGCGGGACGGCUCCAGAGACAUCUGUGCCUUCUGCCACAAAGCACUGGGGCCGCGGGAGCCGACGGUGGAGGCGAUGCGGAAGCAGUACCACCCCGGCUGCUUCACCUGCCGCACGUGCCAGCGGCUCCUGGCCGGGCAGCGCUACUUCCAGAGGGAUGGGCAGCCCAUGUGUGACACCUGCUACCAGGCCACGCUGGAGAAAUGUGCCAAGUGCCAGGGGCUGAUCACGGAGCGCAUUGUCCGUGCCCUGGGCAAGGGUUUCCACCCUGGCUGCUUCUCCUGCGCCGGCUGCGGCCGCGCCAUCGGCGCCGAGAGCUUUGCCGUGGACGAGCAGGGCGACGUGUACUGCGUGCCCGACUUCUACAGGAAAUAUGCCGCAGUUUGCAGCGCCUGCCAGCGCCCCAUCGUCCCCUCUGAGGACAAGGACACCUACAAGAUCGAGUGCCUGGGACGCAGCUUCCACGAGAGCUGCUACCGCUGUGAGAGCUGUGGGACGCCACUGUCCCCAGAGCUGACGGAGGACGGGUGCUACCCCCUGGACAGCCACCUCCUCUGCAAGUCCUGCCACAUCCGCUGGCGGAACGAGUCGUCCUGCUGAGACCCCACGCCUCAUCCAUCUCUGUCUUCCAGUGCCAGCCACCAGAAAGGGGGUGUUUUGAGGGUGACCCUGGGUGUCUGCUGCACCUCAAGAUUCCUGCAGAACUGGUGUUUUCAUCUCCAAAAUGUACCUGGGACCCUGACACCCAGGGCUGGCCAGGGGAGCAGCGUGGAUGUGUCCCGACACAGCUCUGCGCUCACCAUGAACGUGAAAUGCCCUCACAGAGCAGCAAUGGCAGAGCAGAAGUUUUAUUCUUUAUUUCUUUUUUACAACUCCUUCUUCAAGGCCAGUUUGGUUUUCUUGGGGUGUUUUUUCUUCCUUCUUGAGCUUCUUUGGGGUUUCACUGAAAUAUUUCUCUCUGUAGAGAGUGGGCACUGAUCUAGUUACUCGCAGUUAAAUAAAACCCCGAGUCUAAAAACUCUCAUUCCUUUCAUCCGCCCUGCAUUCCAAACCUAUCAAAUCUGAGUUUAAAAAUAAGGGAAAAAAGCCACUUUUUGGAUUUUAUAGGCGUGGCAAGUCAGGUCAUUCAGGUCCAUAACAGUUGAUUUUGGGGUACGGCUAUUUGGCAGAUGCCACUGUCACCCGGGGGAGAGCCAAGGUUGUUUUUUGGGAGUGUAUUUGGGAUUUGGUGAUUUCAUGGCGUUGAUAAAAGGGUUUUAGGUGGUGAUUUGGGGUUUUUUUGCUGUCUGUCUGUCCUGGAGCCGGCAGAGGGCAGCUGGAGCGCAAAUUCCUCCAUCAGGCAGCAAAACUCCAGCUAAAUGCAUCCAACAGCCCCGUUUCUGCACGUUUUUCGAGAUAAUACCACUCUGUCAUCAGAAACUUUUUGAUCUUCUCUUAGUCCAAGCCCCAAACCAGCAGAAAUUAGACCAUUUCUCUGCACAUCCAACAUCUGCACAACCGAUGUUGCCGGUGCUCGGUGGUUUUGUUCGUGAGGGCGUUGCAAACCAGGCAGAGAAACAUCUCAACUUUCUUUUUAACCGAAAGUGCUUAAAAAGCCACAAAUUGAGAGCAGAAAAUAGCAAGAGCAUGGGAGAUGAUGUUUAAUGCUUUCCUGAUGGAAAGAGGGAGCUGUAAACAAAGAAAACCACCACCAGAGCAGCAGCUCUGGGCUCCUGGUAACCUCCGACAUCUCUCUGUCAUGUGCUGUAUUUAUGAAUGAAGGGGUUAAUGAUGGUUAAUUAAUCACAUCAACAACUAUUUCCUGACGACUCUUCCCAGUCUACAAAGCUGAUUACUCAGCGUUCAUUAACGAGCGUCUCCAGCCCAUCAAUCAGCUCAUAACUCACUAUAAACAAAUUUAUAAAUAAGAUGUUAAAGUUGCGGUUUGUCCCGGUCACGUAAGUUGGUGGCUUUGGGUCUCGUUGGGCAGGAACCUUGUGUCCCAUGCCAGGGAAUUCCUGUGCUCAAAGUCAGCUCACUCUCUUUCCAAAGUUUGUCAUUCUGUGGAGAAAACCAGGCAUCAAAAUGAUGCUAAAAAAAAGUAAAAAGAUGUGGUGGUGGCCAAAGGGAGCAGGAAAGGGAAGCCCCAGGAGUUGCUUGGUUUUGUGCAAUAAGGGUAUUUUUCCAAGCAAGGUUUUUGAGGAGGAUGGAAGUGCUGACGCUGAGAGGUGUUUUGGAUGUGUUAUUCCAAGCUGUGCUAUCCCUCCACAGAGGAAUGGUGGGAAGGGGUUGGAUAUUUCCCCCACAAAGCAACCCGGGAUGCACUGUUGGCAGUGGGACUGUGGUGAGUUUUGGCUGGAGGGAGGCAGGGAAAUGCUUUUAUUGACAUGAAGCCUUGGAGAAGGUCCUGGAAAGCGAGGAGAAAGGAAAGGCACAACUGGAGAGUUUGGCAGUGCAACAAAUGGAUGCAGAAAUGGUCAGAUUUGGCAUGUUUUUCCCAGAGCGGAGGAUGACAAGGGACAGGGAUGGAUGGACACGGAGGGGUCGGAGCCGCCAUCUCCCGCUUUCCUCACGGCAUGGAAAAUACCCAAACGUGCUUGGGGGAAAAAAAACAAACCAAGGAGAAAUCCCCUAACACCCGAGGACUGAUUUAUCUUCGGAGCCGGAGUGGUGUGGGAAGAAGCCAUCGCCGCUUGCCUGCUCCCCACGACAGCUCGCCCGCCAUUCGCUUAAUUAAAAUCAUAUAUUGGUGUGAUCAGACGUGGUAAUACCAUAAAAAACCAAAAUCCCGUAACAUCCACAUGCUCGUUGUUGGAGGCUGCAGCCAAGGUACCACAUACGCUUUUUUUUUCUUGUUUUUUUUUUUUUUUUAAUAUUUUUUUAAUGUUGCCUUACCUUUUUGUCUGCAUCACAGUGUUGUCACAGGCUACAGUGUUGCCCCUUCCUUGUUAAAAGCUACAUGCCUAAAAUACUGCUUUUUUCCCCAUGGAAUUUCAGAUUUAGGCCCAUGUAGAUGCUCUAUUAUUUCUACAGAUAUAGAAAUAUUUCUAUAUAUUUACUACAUACACAUAUAAAUAUUCUGUAUAUUGACUACAUAUUUAUAUGUAUAUCUCCUUUUUACGGGGACUGCUUAAAAUAUAAGAUAAACCCACACACCUAAAAACUAUGAUUUAAUUAUAUAUAAUCACUAUCAUUUGGCCCGUAUAUAUUUUUGAUUUUAUAUAUAUAUAUUACCUUUGUUUUCCUCCAUUGGCUUUCUACUACAAUGUAUCCUAAAAGCAGGAGAAAAAAAUGCCAUAAAAAAGUGAAAAUUAAAAAAGAAAAAGAACAAAAAACAACCCAUCUCUUUUUUUUACAGUCCAUGGCGGAAGUUUGUGCCUGAAUAUUUUAUUUGUUCCACAAAGAGGUAGAUUUUCCUUGGGAGAUUUGGGGAGGAUUACUUUUUAAUGAAAAAAAAGGAAAAAAUACACCAAAAGAAAAAAAAAAAAAAAAGGAAAGAAAAAACAAACCCAAAACAACCCAAUAAAAAAAGAAACAAAAAGGAAAAAAAAAAAGCACAACAAAACCACAAAACCAAACUUGUAAAUGAAGCUGCAAAUGCAACCGAAUAGUCCGGAUCAGACAAUUCAUUGCACAAGAAAAAGAGGAUAAAUGGAACUGCAAUGGCCGGCUUUGCUGUAGAUCCGGGAGGAGGGAUCAGCGCCUUUAUCCCACCAUCUCGCGCUCCAAACGCCACCAUU